AAUGGGAGUAUAAUUUGCUAGAAUCAUUAUCAUUCAGCAUCCUUUUGUUUUGUUUCUUUUGCAGCCAUCAAGUAAAUGACAACUCCAGUAACCACCAUUUCAAUGGUGUCUACUGCAGUAAUAUUACCUACUGCCACCGCUACUGUCCGGUGUACCGCCUUACCUAGUCUCCCGCCUCGUCAUUCUCCGACAUCCAUCAAGCUAGCUUCAGGGUCAAGAAGAUCAUCUCUCUUUCAGGUCAAGGCUUCUGAAGAUGCAUCAUCCUCCAUUGAUACAGACGAGUUGUUCACCAAUGUAAAGGAAAAGUGGGAUGCAGUUGAGAACAAGCCAAUAGUUAUAAUAUAUGGAGUAGGAGGAGCUACUGCGAUUUGGCUAUCUUCCGUCAUUAUUGGUGCCAUCAACAAAGUCCCUUUGCUUCCAAAUAUCAUGGAGUUGGUAGGAGUUGGAUAUUCUGGAUGGUUUGUAUACAGAUAUCUUCUCUUCGAGUCAAGCAGGAAAGAGUUGAAUACAAAUAUAGACUCGAUCAAGAAGAAGAUCACAGAGGCAUAAUAGACAGGGUAGCUCCGAACAAAAUUACUAUUUAGCUUUAUAUUUCUGUAAAGAUAUAAGAGACAUGUAUAGAGAGGUCUUCUAAGAAAUAUGUCUGCAUCUCUAACACAUAAUAAUGUCUAUUGCUACAACAUAAAUUAACCAUCUACAACAAAUGUACAAGUUUUAUUA